UAAUAAUAACAAACCCCACUUGACACAUUCUCCACUGUAUCAUUUUACACCACUCGCUUUCUCAACAUUUCUCUUCACUGUUCACCAGCAGAGUUGAAACUUGAAAGUGUAUUUGGUCUACAAGCAAUUUUGAUUGAUCAAGAAAGUAAACCCAUAAAUAAAAAUGGAGUCUUUAAGCUAUGCUUUUGAGGAGAGAAGGCUGCCGUUCACAGAUCACACCGAUUUUCAGCUCGACAAUCUCACGAGCAAAACCCCAUUUCAAAACCCGGAUGAACAAUCCCUUUUUGUUCAUAUGAGUACUAUAGUCGAUAAUAGCACUCAUCAAUUUUUAGAACAUAGUUUGCCCGAAAUGACUAGAAAGUUUUUACCUAUUGGUCACGAAAGCCUAGAAAUUUCUUACAUGAGCACGAAUAGUAGUUGUUGUAAUGCGGUGAAGACAGUUCCCGAGCCCUCUCUACCGGCAAAAAGAGCGAAAAUUACUAAUAUGCCCUUAUCAGCACCGAUUUGUCGAGUCCUCGGGUGCAACAAGGACUUGAGUUCCUCAAAGGAUUACCACAAGAGGCACAAAGUGUGUGAUGUUCACUCGAAAAUGGCUAUGGUUAUUGUAAAUGGCAAACAGCAAAGGUUCUGUCAGCAAUGCAGCCGAUUUCACUCGCUAUCGGAGUUUGAUGAAGGGAAGCGUAGCUGUCGUAAACGACUUGCUGGCCAUAACGAGCGCCGAAGAAAGCCUCAGUUCGAAUCUUACUUUGGUUCCUCAUACUUUCAGACAAAUGCAUCAUCAAAGACCUCCUCUAUUUUCCCGAAUAUCCUUAACGACAACUUCUAUUAUCCACAGUGUAAUAACAACAAAAAUCCUUCGACUCGUGUCCCGUUUUCCCAUUUCGAGGAAAAAGGGUCCCCAUCCAAACACGCCCUUAAAACCACCCGAUUAUUACAGGUUCAUCAAGAGUCAUCUGUGGGUUCGACAAACUCCAGCUGUGUUCUCUCUCUUCUGUCAUCACAAUCACACGAUUUAUUACUUACCAAUCCAAUGUCCGAAAACUUCACUUCCUCCAUGGUUUUUGAUCCGUCUCAAAAUAAUCGGGAACUAAAUGAGAUCUCCCAAAAGAGCUAUUUGUGUUCGACAGGUUCAAAGACUGUUGAUUUGGUCGAAUUAUCGUUGUAUCUUCAAAGAGUGGAACAGCAAAAAUGUUACGAAAAAUCGUGUCUUUCGUGACUUGGGUUUUUUUGUUCUUUUUCCCUUUAGGUGAAGUUGUGCAGAAAUUCUUGUUAUUUAUAGGUGGGAAAAUGACUUUGAAUGGAUUUGUAAGAACUACUUGAAUUUACUUGAUCAAAUGGAUCAUCCCCUUAAAACAUGGUUUCUUUA